AUGCCCAGGAAGAACCAUAGGAGAGAGUCCCUGACUUCAAUUGAUUCCUCCAUGGGUUCACCAUCUUAUGGAAGUUUUACAACAUAUGAGAAAAUUCCAAUCAAGCAUGGAGAAGAAGAAAUUGUUACUCCUGUUAGGCGCUCGAGCAGAAUCAGAAAACAAGUCACCUCUCCAUGA